GUCGUCAUCAGGGAAGCUUCAGUGCUCUCUGUCAGAUGCUGUGCAUGAAUGUCACUGCUGAAGUGAGAGAUGUCUGCUCUUUCUUCAGAGAUGGAGGCCCACAAUUUGACCCUGUCCUGUCCCAUAUGCCUGGACUGCUUCGAAGUCCCCGUCACCAUCCCCUGCGGACACACCUUCUGUCACAAGUGCAUCAGUGCCCACUGGGACACGCUGAGCAAGUCCGACACCGAACCUCUCUGCCCCUUGUGCAAAGAGAAGUUUCCCACCAGGCCCGUUCUCAAGCGCAACGUGUCCCUGUGUGUCCUCACCGAGGCUGCAAACAGCAGCGGCCCCUCCCACAGAGAGUCGCUCACGAGGGGUGGCAAAGUGGCGAAAGCCAUGCUGCUGUGCGACCGGCAUAAAAAGCCUCUGGUUUAUUACUGCAGGCAGGACAAGAUGUCUGUGUGCUGCGAGUGCGGCAUCUCUGAGUGUGUGAACCAUGAGAAGGCUAUGCUGGACGCGGAAAGGGAAAAUCAAGAGCUGCUGCUGGAGAGGAAGAAUAAGGAGGUGGGGAAACUCAUCGAAGAGACAGAGAAAAGUAUCAAGGACUUGGCUGAGAAUAUUAAUCAAGCUAAGGUGACUCUUCAGCAAACGUCCACCUGGGUGAAUGUCAAGUUCUCCACCCUGAUAAAAAUACUGUCUGAGAAGCAGAACACCACGGAGGUCUUCGUCGAGGAGCAGAGACAGGCCGCCAUCUUGGAUGCGGAGGCCCGGCUAGCCGAGCUCCAAGAGCGCGCCCAGAAACUCAAAGAAAGCCAAGGCCAGAUCGCAGCGCUGCACAACCUCUCUGAUACAGAGCUCAUCAAGGAAUCAAUGCUGGUAAAAGUUCCCCAUUUUGAGGAGAUCCCCACAGACAUCCCUCCCACCCUACAGGAGCGCUUAAACGGUGUCACAGAAGUCCUGUCCCGAGUCUCCAAGAUGGUGUCUGAGGACCUGGAGAAAGCUGUGAGCACCGCCGUGGGUCAGGACAAAGAAGCUUCUCCUCAGGACAAGAGGCCCAUCCUGGCUGUGGUUCCCAGUCCGGCUGCUCCGUGUCACCCUGGAGGGAAAGAGGGACUCAGCGCUUACCGAUGCUCUCUGACCUUUGACCCCCGCACGGCCAACGGGCACCUGUUCCUCUCCCAGGAGAACCGGAGGGCGGAGCACCUGACCUCCGGCCCGCGCCCCGUCCCCUCCCACGAAGCGCGUUUCGACCACACCUGGCAGGUGCUCUGCUUCCAGGGCUUCAAGCACGGACAGCACUACUGGGAGCUGGAGGUGUCCAAACCCUGGGCCUACCUCGGGGUGACCUACGAGACCAUCCCCAGGAAGGAGAAGGGGAAGAGGUGCAUGGUGGGCAUGAACGAUCUUUCGUGGAGCCUGCAGCUGGAUGAGAGGCAGCUGAGCGCUUGGCACAACGGCCGGAGGGAGACGGUGGCGGGACAUUCCCAGCACAGCCGCAUCGGCAUGCUGCUGGACUACGAGGCGGGGACGCUCACCUACUACGGAGACGGGCAGACCAGGCUCCACGCCUUCCACUGUGCCUUCACCCAGGAGCUGUUCCCCGCCUGCUGGAUCGGAGAGGGGGUCAGCAUCACCCUCUGCUCCACAUGAGCUCCACUGUGAAGAAGAAGAAGCACUACCAAUCAAACGUUGGCACACGCUGACUCAACAUAGACGACACCCCUCUCUCCCUUUACCCCUCCUUAACUAUUUAGAAGGAUUUUUAAAUCUUUUUUUUUUUUUUUUUUUAAAUAACUGACUUCUUAAUUAUUUUAAACAAAAGAACCAACUGAGACGAGAUGAAACUUUAUUGAUCCUCACACACUUGUUACUUGAUGGGCUUUUUCUCCCCCCAUGAACUCGCCUCUUUGCUUCGGCUUACUUGCAUUGUUAAAUACCAUACAGCGAUGACGUUGCUAUGGAAACAGACACAAACUCCAGUCCUUUAAAACUUUAAGUUGAAGGACAGCACUACUUCAUUCUAGUGUGUUUUAUUUUCUCCUCCUUCAAAUAAUCUUUGAAAUAACUUUCAGUUUUAGAUAGAGGUUCUUUUUUUUUCUAGUAGAAAAGGACUUUAGAUCUCCUCAGCCCAGCGUGUUGAAUUAUGUUACUUAUUUUAAUACACUACAUUCAUUUCUGUUCAGUUCUUCUCCCUCUGCUGUAAGACACAGCUGCACACGCUGCAUGCGGGCAAACACAUCAUCAGAAAACCAUGCUGUCAUAUGUCCUCAAUCAAAAGAAGUGGAUUAAUAAGUGUCCUCUCCCUCCUGCUCCUGCAGUAUUCUCCUGGAGCUCAAAAUCUUCAUAUUCACCCCUUUUUUUUUUCUUUUUUUUUUUGGCUGUGCCUGAUACAGACUGGGUUUCCUCCUCCUGAGAUCACAGCUCGUAUUUAACUUGUGCGCUCCCUCAGAUGUGAAGAUAGAAUUAGAUGGAGUGCACUCGGGGCGCUCUCACAAACACACACACACGUCAUACCAUGUGGGGACAUUACAUCAAGUAACACUGACCCUAAAAAAUCAGCUUUUUCCCCAAUUUAGGACACAGUUGGACAAGCCAUUCCCAAUUAACGGCUCCUAAAUGUCCCCAAAAGUAGCUUAUGACAGAGCACACCCUCGCACACACACCAGAAGUCAACAUAGAGGGCAAAAAAAAUGAAUGUAGGCGACAGAAGGGGUCUAUUUUUUUUUUUUUGCAUUUGUUGUGUAAUUCUUGAAGCAUAACUGAACAUCUGAAACUAUUUGAAAGUCUUAUAUAAGUCUAUAAAAAUAAUAUAAAUAUAGAGAUCAUUCAUGCAGUCACCCCUCUCUGAUUCACCCCUUUCAGAUUUUCCACUUUGACCUCUGGGAUACAGCUAUGUGUGAGCCAGUUCAUGUGUGUGUGUAUGAAGCCCCUACAAACACACACACACACACACACCCUGUUGUACAAUAAGCAGCACAGGUGAAACCAAACUGUCACGAGAAUACAGAACUUAACAUUUUGGGAUCUUAGCAUACAAAAUGCCCCCCCCCCCAAAAAAAAAAAAA